AUGGCUACAGCACGGCCGGCGUCCAAGCUUCCACCGGGCGCAAACCGUAUUCUGUUUGUCAAAAAUCUAAACUAUCAAAUUACUGGUGAAGACUUGUACGAUUUGUUUGGGAGGUAUGGGAGCAUUCGACAGAUACGAAUGGGGAACGAGCAGAAGACGAGAGGGACGGCUUUUGUGGUGUUUGACGAUGUCAUGGACGCGAAGAAUGCACUCGACCACCUGAAUGGUUUCCACUUGCAAGAGCGAUACAUCGUCGUCCUCUACCACAUGCCUGCAAAACAAGAUGCGGCAGCAGCUAAGGCUGAGUUGGCCAGAAGAGAAGAAGAGUUGGCACAGCUGAAGAAAAAGCACGAUAUCAAGGAUGAGGAUUAG